UUAAGCAAACACAGCCUGGUUCAAAACGGUUUUAAUCUUAAAAAGGUACUAUUUGAAAGAAUUAAAAAAUAGAACUUUUCUUGACAGCUGAUCCUGUCAAAUACCAGACAAAAUUACAAAAAUGGCGGCUGUAAUAUUUACAGGGGCCCAAUUAUUAAAACAACAAGGGGGUUUUAUCGGAAUCGCCUACGUAAAAACAGCGAAUUACAGCACCGAAAGCAAAGCGUACAACUUAUCAGCUUUAAAACGGGGAACUGGUGGUAGAUCCAGCUUUAAUGGAAUAGUGGCAACAGUUUUUGGGUGCGGGGGCUUCAUAGGACGUUAUGUUUGCAAUAGACUUGGAAAAAACGGCAGUCAAUUAAUCUUGCCCUACAGAGGCGAUCCCUAUGAUGUAAUGCGUUUGAAAGUAUGUGGGGAUUUGGGCCAAGUAUAUUUCCACCCGUUCGAUUUAAGAGAUGAAGAAUCAAUCGAAAAAGUCUGUCGUUACUCAAACGUAGUCAUAAAUUUGAUCGGACGAGACUGGGAAACGCGAAACUUCAGUUUCGAUGAUGUUCAUGUAAAGGGCGCACGACUUUUAGCAAAAGUUGCCAAAAGGUCGGGGGUUGAGCGAUUUAUUCAUUUGUCGGCUUUGAACGCCGAGGAGACGCCUGAGGCGGUCAUCUUGAAAGGGGGCUCGAAAUUUUUAGCGAGCAAAUGGCGGGGGGAACAAGCCGUCUUGGAGGAGUUCCCCGAGGCCACUAUUUUCAGGCCUGCGGACGUCUAUGGCCAGGAAGACAGAUUCUUGAGAUACUAUGGCCAUAUUUGGAGACGCCAAGCCACCUAUUUGCCCCUAUGGAAAAAGGGCGAAGAAACUAUCAAACAGCCGGUGUUUGUCAGCGAUUUGGCGUCUGGCAUAAUGGCCGCGCUGAAGGAUUCAGACACUGCUGGAAAAGUCUACCAGGCCGUGGGUCCGAAACGGUACUACCUCUCUGAGCUUGUGGACUGGUUCUUCAGGGUGAUGCGUAAAGACAAAGAUUGGGGCUACUGGCGGUACGACAUGCGCUACGACCCCAUUUUCCAAAUUAGAGUCACUUUGACUGAAAAACUGCGAGUUGGUUUCCCGAUUGGAAACCUACACUGGGAGCGCGUCGAAAGGGAACAUGUCACAGACGUGGUCCACAGUGAAGUUCCCACACUUGAGGAUUUAGGUGUGGCUUUGACACACAUGGAGGACCAAGUCCCCUGGGAGCUGAAACCUUACACUUAUGGUUUGUACCAAGGUCUUGUUGACCUGGAGGAACCCUACACCCCACCGGCGCCACCUACUCCCGUAGCUUAAAUUAUUGUAUAAAAAGGAAACUAAAUUCAAACACACGUUUAAAUGAAUUUCUUCUGUUUCUUGACGUCUUAUUUCUGCUAGGUGUACUUUUAGGUAGCGCAUCCUCCCCUGAGUCCUCUUCCUCGCUAUCUGACUGCACUUUUCUCGCCCUUUUUGCUGGCCCCUUUUUCUUUCGUCCCGUUCUUCCCGAUUUUGCAACCGUUGGUGGUUUAACAGGGGGCCCGCCUUCGUGAAUUUCAAAAACGGACGCAAUACAAUUCUCGAUUUCCGUAACAAUUGGCUAAAACAGACACGUUAUUUUGAGCUCAUUUCUAAAUAAUUGUUACUUUUAAAUCAACUCGACCGACUUUUGCCUUGCCACACUCAUUCAAUAUCUGUUUAAAGGUCGAGUAAACUUCCUCAUCUGUGACAUUGUGCCGGUAAAGCGGGAACAUAUCGCGUAAUUUUUGCAAGGCCUUGUCGUUGUAAUUUAUUAAAGACAGGCAAUAAGUUAUAUUCCGGUUGAGUCUGACGUUUUCGUCUGGUGUGUAUUUGUGGCACAGACGGUCAACCAAGUUUUCCGGCCGUUUUGGCACAUCGAUUAAAUCAAACAAGAACCUGUAAUGUUUCAUAGGAACGAAAAAUAAAAAUUCGCAAGACUCACUUUA